AUGCUCGGCAAUCACCUGCAGCAACAGACGAUGAUCUUUCAGCUCUCGCUCAGUGCACAGAACAGGAAUCAAUGGCGCAUCUGCAAAGGUAAGGCUAUGUUUGGAAACAGAGGAAUCCAAGGCUUACUCUGAGAGCCUUCUUUUUGAAUUUGUUCAUCACAGAAAAUUGUUGGAGUCUUGCACGAACAGUUUCUCCUAGGUUAACGUUGGGAGCCUUUUUGGCAUUCACCAGAAAUGGGUGAUCUGAAACAAUUUGGAAGGGAUGGUGAUCGAUUAAAAGCAAGUAAGGGUUUCUUGAAAGUCGUUUGAACGAAACGGUGUUCGUCUUAUUUAUUUUUUAAUGGCAUCCUAAUGACGAACAAAACGUAUGAGGUUUAACAAACACAUGUAAAUGCAAUACCGGAAUGCUACUAGUCGGCUGAGAUUCCAUGAGAUAUUGAACCGCAGUUACAUUUAGCACUAGAUAGUUGGUAAAAUCAUAUAAGUUUUGAGAACAUCAUCUCCACCUACCUCAAAAAUUGCACAAACACACACGAUUAAUUGAAACAUUUUCCUUGAUCUACUAUAUAAAAGGAUGUUUCAUUGAUCUAAAUUGUCAUUGAUCUACCAAAUAAAACCUUCAAUCCGCGAAAAAAAUAAAUACAAAAAGGAUGUGCACAUUACCAAGCACUUCCUGGGCUGUUAGACGCUUAGUAGGAUCUGGCUCAAGCAUCCGCCGGACAAGGUCUUUGGCAUUGUCAGAGACCUUUGGCCAUGGAUCUCUCUUAAAGUCUAUGAUAGAACGGAUAAUUGCUUGGGCGAUUCCCUGCUCCGAUUCUGGACAAGAAUGAAAAAAAGGUAGUUUUAAGAGAAAUCCAGGCGUAAGAAAUCACAAAUAAAUGGCGGUUGCAACUGAAAUAAAGCAAGAAGAUGUCACAAGAACAAGUUUGGAGUAUUCCCCAACUCAAGUAACGGAAAUGACCUGCCCAAAACGGUGGCACUCCACAAAGAAGAAUGUAAAGGAUCACGCCUGCACUCCACACGUCAACUUCAGGUCCGUAGUUUCGUUUCAGGACCUCUGGCGCCAUGUAGUAAGGGCUACCCACAAUCUCAGUAAAUCUCUCACCUGCAACAGGAAGCAGAUUGCAAACAGAUAAGUACGCUUGCCUUGAACUGAAACAUUUGACAGAAUUGGAAGCAAACCAUCCGAGAUUCAGAGGGAUAAUGGCGUUAUAUAAACGCAACACUUGCACAUAUUAAUAAUGCUCAGAGAUACGUGCAAAUUUAACCUGGGUCAAUUUAUGUAGAUAACAGACUAACUUGAUGCGGAGAAAGUUCUGUGGUCAUACCAGGUUUAAACAUCACUGAGAGCCCGAAAUCAAUGACCUUUAGUGGAGAUGUUUCCUUCUUGUUGGCAAACAAGAAGUUUUCGGGUUUGAGAUCUCGAUGGAUUACACCAUGUCUGUGGCACAUCUGUGACAGAAUUUAGAAGAAAUUGCGAGUCUGAGACUGCGAGUAAAGCAAACAAAUAUUAUAUCUUUAAAAUCAAUCGCAAUUUAUGAAGUCCUCUAAAGUAAGAAGACCAUAUAACUGCUGCAAAAAAAAUCUAUCAAUUUCACAUAACAAAAGAUAAACAUGGAUGCUGUUUAUGGAGCUUGAUCCAAAGGGAUCCUAGCAUACGUACAGACGACAAGACAGUCUCUCACACUCGCAAAGAUUGGACAGUGUAAGAGCUAAAUAGCAAACGAUUCGAUGAGUUGAAUUAUCUCUGAGGCUGAUCAGGAGUAGAAAGUUGACUCAAUUAUGAAGAUCCUCGAGGACUUUGUAGCCAAAAUCGAAUUGCCGGAAUAUGUUUCAUCUCACUGAGAAUUUCAAGUUCCGGAUGACUGACCUGGACAACCUCGACGACGGUCCGGGUGAUCUCUGCCGCUGCCCGCUCCGUGUAGUGCCCCCUAGCGACGAUGCGGUCGAAGAGUUCCCCUCCCUCGCACAGCUCCAUUACGAGGUGAACAGCGCUGUCGUCCUCGUACGUAUCCUUGAGGCUUACGAUGUUGGGGUGGCUCGGCAGAUGCCUCAUGAUGUCCACCUCCCGCCGCACAUCUUCGAUAUCGACGGUUGUCCUGAGCUUCUUCUUGGAGAUGGACUUGCAGGCGAGGACCUCCCCCAAGGUCCUGUCUGUGCAGAGGUAAGUAAUGCCGAAUUCGCCUCGCCCCAGCUCCCGCCCGAGGUCGUACCGCUCCCCGAUGUCCCUUCCCGUGGGAUCCCUCAGCACGGUGACCUUGCUGCCAGGGGCGGGGGUCUUGUUGUAGUCCAACGCGAAGGGAUUCGGCUUCAUCUGCGGCCUUGGCUUCUUCCCGGACCCGACGGCCGGCGAGGCGCAACAGUUCCCCAUCCAGAAACUCUGGCUAACGAGCGGGGGCACCGAGAUCUGUGA